GCCAAUCCAUGGCCAAAACGGGGUCACUGUGGAGGAAAACCCAGCCGGGUUCUCGAUACCACGAGGACUGGGUCUGGAUGUGUGCAUCUUUGUGAGCUUUGGUACGCGGGAGCAGGGACGCCCCUCGGCUGUGGUCCAGGGGGUCCCCAAGCGCUCUGAGUUGGAGGCAGCGAUGGGGUGGGAGCUCUUGGUCCUGCUCAGCCCAUCAGCUCCUGCAGAGCCCUCGCCCGUCCCUCCUUGGAGACUCGUCCUUCGGGAGCUCACGUGCCGGGAGAGUUGGAGGGAGGAGGUUUGGGAUGGGGCAGCAGUGUUUACCCUUGAACAGCAUCUCCCGGACAGAGCGCCUGCGAUGUCAUCUUUGCUUUUAAUUGGGAGGCUGAAACCCGCUGCAAACAGCCGUGGACUUCAUUCCUUUUGUCAGGAAUGCCAGGAGCAGGUAGGGAAGGGGAUGAGAAAGAGCCCUUUGAAGAGGAGCAGUGGGAUUUCAUACAGUUGUGGAAUGGUUUGGGUUGGAAGAGACCUUAAAGCCCAUCCAGUUCCAACCCCCUGCCAUGGGGGGCCGGGUGCUGCCUUCCUCCCUCUUGGCAUCGCCCUGCUCUCCUAACCCUGCUGGAAAAGGCUGCUUUUCCCAGAUGGACGCACAGUCCUGGUGCCAGGGAUAAAGCUGAUCCCAUCCCUGCUGCCUAAAGGAGGUUUGGAGCCAGGGGACUGGGCUGGUUUUGGUGUCACUGGUUCCGUUUCUCCGGUCAGGAAGCGCUGAGCCUCCUCUUCCUCGCCCGGAUUGCCUUGGGCUCCGUGCCCUGCUCCGCUCGGGUGUCCUCACUGCCCUGAAUCGGCCCUUUGUCCAGACCCGCUCGGAGCCAGCCAGACGGAAAAGAGGAUGGUGAGAAGCUGGUGGAGGUGACUGAUCCCGGCAGGCGGCCGGCGGCGGCAUCGGCACGUCAGAGGAAAGCCGAGGACUCCAGCGAAAGCCAUGAGGAGGAGCUGAUGGGCGACAGGCAGGACUGGGACGGAUGGUUUUCCCGAGGCCAACGGUCAGACCAAGUCACCGCACACCCCAAACUCAACCUGACCAAGCAGGCUUUGCCCUGGAAUGAGCAGUACAAAGGGAAGGCAAACCUGCACGUCUUCGAAGACUGGUGUGGAGGGGCUGUCAGGCACCUGAGGAAGAACCUCCAUUUCCCGCUCUUUCCCCACACCCGCACCACAGUGAAGAAGCUGGCCGUGUCGCCCAAGUGGAAGAACUACGGGCUGAGGAUUUUUGGCUACAUCCACCCCUUCAAGGAUGGGGAUUUCCAGUUUUCCGUGGCGUCCGAUGACAAUUCCGAGUUCUGGCUUAGCUCCGAUGAGAGUCCAUCCAACGCCCGGCUGGCUGCGUUCGUGGGCAAGCUGGGCACCGAGUGGACGGCGCCAGGCGAGUUCACCAAAUUCAGCUCGCAGGUCUCAAAGCCUCUCCGCCUCAUGUCCUCCAGGCGCUACUACUUCGAGCUGCUCCACAAACAAGACGACCGGGGUUCAGACCAUGUGGAAGUUGGCUGGAGGGUUUUUCUCCCCAGCCUGAAGUUCGAGGUGAUUGACUCGUCCUACAUCUCUCUCUACACCGAUGAAUCAUCCCUGAAGAUGAACCAUGUGGAGCACAUCCCGCAGACCUUAGCUAGCCACAGCGGGAGCUACCUCUGGGAGGCCCAGCAAGACGAGCACGGGGCCGACAUGCUGAAGCUCGACCCUAGGGACACCUUCUUCCUCACCCCAGCGAUCGAGGCCUCCCGAGUGGAGAACGUGCUGGUGCCCUGUGCCUACAGCCCCACCUACGUGGUGAAGGACUUCCCCAUCGCCCGCUACCAGGGCCUGCAAUUUGUCUACCUCUCAUUCGUGUACCCCAACGACUUCACACGCCUCACUCACAUGGAGACGGAGAACAAGUGCUUCUACCGGGAGUCACCCCUCUACCUGGAGAAGUUUGGUUUUUAUAAGUACAUGAAGAUGGAUGAAGAGGAGGAGGAUCCGCGCCACCGAGCGUUUCUCUUCCUCAGCCCCGACAAUUUCCUCGAGGAGGAGGAGGAGGAGGAGGAAGGAGUGGACAGCCCUGAGCCCACAGACCCGCCUCCUGAAGCCAAGAAGAGCUUUGGGCCGGUUCCCGGAGCCAAAGGGAAAGAGACCCCGCUGGUCACCGGGGACUAUGGAGACAACCUGGACUAUUACAGCUUUCGCCGCAAGCGGGGUCAGGCCCGGGACAAGGUGACCACUCCUGGACAGACAGGAAGAUGGAGCACAUCCCACCAGGCCAGCGCCAGCCCAGCGGCCAGCCCCGAGGAGCUCCGUGGCGAGGAGGACCUGGGCCCCGUGCCGGAGCGGGUCCGUGGGCGGGGGCUCAGUUGGGUUCCCCAGGAUCCUGUCGAGGAGGAUGAGCUGGGGCUGCUGACGUCUUCGAAGCGUGCAGGGACUCUGAGCCUCCAACCCCACCACUCUGUUCCCAUCUUUGGGGGCAAAGCCAAAACGCCAGGUCCCAGCCAGGCCUCGGCAACCAGGGAGGACACGAAGCUCCAGAAAGCCCAGGAGAAAGUCUACGUGACCAGGCUGCAGCCGGGGAAGCGCAAAGCCCCAGCCCAGGAGACGGUGUUCCCUGGCAUCUUUGUUUACCCAAAGCCUCUGAGGAAGGUCCACCUUCGCUCCAGGACCCCUCAGAAGCAUCUCGUUACCUCCAGCAAGCACCGGGCCGUCCCUGGCCGCCGCACGCCCUGGCUCCUGAGCAACAUCUCCAAGGAGAAGGACCCUGCCAGGCGGAAGAGCACGCGGGCAGGUGGCAAGAGGUGGGAACAUCAGCCCAAGCUGGGGACUGAGCGGCGGGAGCUGCCCGGCCUCCUCACCCUGGGGACCGAAGGGCUCUUCAGCCGGGAGACCCGUGAGGACACGACUCCUGCCACGGGCAGGACAGUGGCCACCACUGAUUACAACUCCUCUGAGGCGACUCGCUCAGAGGGGACACGGGUGACAUCCUUUCUGAAGAUGUCAGAAACAACAGCGUCCCAGCAGGAGGAGGGAAAGGGCCAGGAGGAAGAGGAGGAGGAGGAAGAAGAGGUGUCAGACUAUAGCUACGAGACCGGGGAUCUGCAGCAGAGCUGGCUGGAGGACUCAAUCAACUGGCAGAGGACGUUCAGUGUCAGCUCAGUGGACUUCGAGCUCCUGCGCUCCGACUGGAACGACCUGCGCUGCAACGUGUCAGGCAACCUGCAGCUGAGUGAGAGCGAGGUGGUCGACGUGGUGGCACAGUACAUGGAGAAGCUCAACGAGAAGAACGGAGGCAUCUACACCCUUCUGAGGAUCAUCAACGUGGAGAAGCGGCGAGACACGGCCCGGGGUAACCGUUAUCUGCUGGAGCUGGAGCUGGCGGAGCGGGGCCAGCGGACGGUGCGGCUCUCCGAGUACGUCUAUGUCCUCUUGCACCAGGGCAAGCAGGAUGACAGCGCCGAGGCCAACCCCGAAGGGCCAGCCCUGGGGGCUACCGAGCCCCAGCCCAGCACCUGGAGCAUCCUCUACGGGAGACCUGUCCUGUGCCGGCCCCUGCGGCUCAGCUGGAAGCAGGACGUCAUGGUGCACUUCGUGGUACCCGUGAAAAACCAAGCCCGCUGGGUCCAGCAGUUCAUCUCGGACAUGGCCCAGCUGUACAGGGUUACGAAGGACGCCAACUUCAACGUCAUCCUGGUGGACUUUGACAGCGAUGACAUGGAUGUUGAGAAGGCCCUACGGGAAGCCCACCUGCCCCGCUAUCAAUACCUGCGGCGCACGGGGAACUUUGAGCGCUCGGCGGGGCUGCAGGCUGGCGUGGACACGGUUGAGGAUGGGCACAGCAUCGUGUUCCUCUGCGACCUGCACAUCCAUUUCCCCCCCAACAUCCUGGACAGCAUCCGGAAGCACUGCGUGGAGGGGAAGCUGGCCUAUGCGCCCAUCGUCAUGAGGCUCAGCUGUGGCAGCUCCCCACGGGAGCCCAACGGCUACUGGGAGGUGAACGGCUUCGGCCUCUUCGGCAUCUACAAGUCGGACUUUGACCGUGUGGGGGGGAUGAACACGGAGGAGUUCCGAGACCGCUGGGGUGGGGAGGACUGGGAGCUCCUGGACAGGGUCCUUCAGAGCGGGCUGGAGGUGGAGCGCCUGCGUCUCAGGAACUUCUACCACUACUAUCACUCCAAGCGCGGGAUGUGGAAUGCCCGCACCAAGAAGCCACCCAAGGAGUGAGCGCCCCGAGUCCAGCCCGCAGCUGCCCACCCCUCACGCCCGCCGGAGACGCCCGCCCGUCCCCGACCGCAGUGCUGGCACAGGGCCACCCGUAAACGAAGCGCGGUUAUUCUGGGGAGGGGGGGAGCGGGGAGGGAGAAAGCGGGUGGUCUUUUUUUAAGGGUCUAAUUUCUUAGUCAGAAAUGAAUUUAUUAACUCAUUAGCACUGGGACAAGGGGCGUCCUGGGAGAGGGGACCAUCCCGAAGCCGGCGGAUCCCUAGGGCUGUGCUGGGCUGGCGAUGCCGGAGGUGGAAAAGUGGUACCUGAGCUCGCAGCCAGCGCCCACCCUGCACCCCUUUGGCUGGGUCACUCCCCAGAUUCCCAGCACGUUGUCCCUGUGCCUGAGCUGAGCUUUUUGUGAGGCAGUCGGUACCGCCAGGAGUGAACGGGACUGCCCAAAGCCUCCUGCUCCCCUCGCUGGCAUCCGUGGAGCCACCGCGGAGGGGAAAAGGGGUUCAGCUCUGCCCUGCCACGUGGGGACACGGCGCUGCGGUACGGGCUGGUGGCAGAGCCCUUGGCACUGGGCUGGCAUUGCCUCUGCCCCAGGGGAGCCAGGUUGGGAUGGAAAGGGCAGAGCGUGGAGCAGGUACAGGAGCAGCGGGAGAGCGAAUGAUGUUUCCAAGCUAAUUUCUGUGAAAUUAUGAGGUAGGAAGCUGUUUUCAGGAAGUUUUGUCUGUCUCGGUUGUUUUUUUUUU